AAAGUUAAGAUAAUAUUUUUCUACUUUAAAAGCAAAAUGAUCAAUUUGCUGUGAUAAACAAACAACUUGCCAACAAGAUUAAGUUAUGGUCGUCCUGAUCUACAACAUGAUUUAACAGUGUGAUUGCAACUGAUUAACACAUUAAUUGGUACAUACAUGUCAAAUAGCAUGUUCAGUAGCAGAUAAGGACAGGUAGCCACAGGUGUGAGAACACUACUAGAUCCCCGAGAUAAUCAGCUUACCUGUACAUAACCACUGUUAGUCUGUCCCAGGUCUCCACACCAGUUCAGCCUGAAGCUGACACAUGCCACCAGGCUAAUCAAAGCUGUGUCCUGAUUGGUUCAGUUCACUAGUUCUGGACUUACCUGAGCUCUGAUUGGCUAAGCACCAGACAGGAACAUUUAAUUGUUACCUGUUCUUAUUGUUCUAAUGUUUACCUGUAAUUCUUCUGUAAAUCAUUUUUUAAAAAUCCAAAAUACCUGAUUACAAUUUAUGGUCUGAGUGUGCUUGUGUCAAAGUGAGUGACCACUGGCCAAAACUUGACCAGGAUGUAUAUAAGUUGAUCCAGGUAAAAAUGGUCAGUAUCAGAUGAGAUUUCAAACAGUAAGGACAUUGGUGAUUAUAAUACAAACUAUCUACAGUUAGAGCUAGAAACAUGUAUUUGGACAUAACAUUUAGUUCAGGUGGUGGUGUGUUUAAACGCCGCAAGUCCAUCAGUGCCAAGUGUGUACUGGACAUCACCCUUAACCCAGGAUUAACAGGAGCUUCUAUUGAAAGAGUUGACCAGUUUAAUAAUGUCUUAAAGAAGCGAAACAACAGACGAAGGAAGAGUUCAGAACACAUACAGCUGAAGAAACUGGCUAAAAAUAACGCUAGUUGUCUGUCGGAUUUACAUCAGUCCCUGGCAGCCAUCGAGAUAGAAACCUGUAAUCGCCUUUCCACGACAUGUAGCGAGGAUGAUAUUUACAGCCAUGACAGUGACGAGGAGACUGUUGGAUACAUAUCAUCGUGGGCAGUCUCCUUUGAUAAACUACUGCAAUGUGUUGCUGGUGUCUCAGUUUUCACAGAAUUUCUCAGAAAAGAAUUCAGUGAGGAAAAUAUUCUUUUUUGGAGGACUUGUGAACAAUACAAGAGCAUUUGUGAUCCUGAUCAGAUGAAAGCUGCAGCUAAAGACAUUUAUAGCAAGUACAUAUCGGAGAUUGCCAUUGAGGCUGUGAAUGUUGAUCAUACUACCAGACAGCAGGUCGAGUCUGAACUUCUUAAUCCUAGUCCAUCAAUGUUCGAUCAACCGCAGCAGGAUGUAUACAGGCUUAUGAAAACAGACAGUUAUCGAAGAUUUCUCAAAUCUGAGUUGUACAAAACAUAUCUGAUGCGCGAGAUGAACAAUGAACCUCUCGGUCUUCCUAAGGAUGACUUUAGGGGGAUUCUGGGUAACAAAGAACAAAGAGAUAAGAAAAGGAUGACAAAAGGAAAGGGACGCUUGUCACUGUUGCCAUGGAAACAGAAACAAAUGAAACAAGCCAUUAAAGCAAAAUCUGAUUCAGAUCUGAAGAAAAAUAACUGCAGUGUUCCAGGAAACAAAACAAUCUCCGACUCCGAUCUGAAGACUCAUCGUUGUAUCUCCGUCUCCUCGGAUUCUGUCAACAGUGUGACCUCAACACGACCUGGACUGGCUAUUGACCUUGAAACCAUUCACAAGGAAAUGAAGGCCAACAACAAAGAGGAUACCAGUGAUAUCAAAGAUGAUUACCAUUUCUGCCGAGUGAUCUUACCAGAUGGUUCGACGACUGUGGUUAGUGCUAAGCCAGGUCAGACCAUCGAAACAGUGCUAGGACGACUUUGUACCAAACGGAGCAUCCCUUUCAAAGCGAUUGACGUUUUCCUUGCUGGGUCAGCAAAGUCUUUGAACCUCACAGAAGACAUCUCCACGCUGGCAUCACAAGAGAUCGUGAUUAACAGGCGUGUAAUGUUUUGUGUCGAACUUCCGAACGGAAAAUCCAUUGGAGUAAAGACAAAGCCUCAUCGUUCCAUCGGAGAGGUGUUGGAACCUGUCCUCAGGAAACACGGUGUAAAGUUAUAUCAGGUGUGUGUCCAACUGUCAGGACACAGGAGGAUGCUAGAUAUCAACCUUGAAGCUAACGUGUCGACCAUAGACAAUCGCCGUCUGCUUCUUAAACAGGAGAUUGUACCAGUGGUGAACAAACGAAGAUCCUCCAUCGUAGGUUUUAUCUCGGGGAGGAAGGACAAUAAAAACAGUGAAACUGAGGUUAAAACACUACUGGAGAGUGAUGUGUGAUACGACAAUUAUAUAACGGAAACUUAACAGAAAGUUUAGUAUGGCAAUAGAUGGUACAAACUGUGAUACAACAAUUAUAUAACGAAAACUUUAGAGAAAGUUUAGUGGGCUAUAGACAGUACAAACUGUGAUAUGACAAUUAUAUAACGAAAACUUUAUAGAAAGUUUAGUAUGACUAUAGACGGUACAAACUGGAUGUGCUCCAUACCAAGUUAUGUAGAAUAUUAGUGCUACAUCAGCUGUUAAUGUGCUAACUAUGUACAGUAACUUAUUUUAAAUG